AUGGCUGAUUAAGAAGAUUAAUAAAAAGUACAGUAAUAAGAAGAGGAAGAAAAUGUCGAUUAAUAUUCAUAUUCAGAAGGAGAUCAAUACGAAUCAGAUUCUGAUAAUCUCAAAUUUGAUAUAGCAAAACCAGAGAAGAAUCCUUUUAGACCAAUAGGAAUAGAUUUUCAAAAAAUUUAAUAAAUAGCACAUUUAGCUCCAAAUUCAAAAGAGAUUUAAUAAGAGGAAGAGAAUCGAAAGAAGAUCGAGGCUUAUCAAUUGUAUUAAUAAAAAGUCUAGGAUGCAGAGCAGAAUUAAAAGGAGUUAGAAAAAUAGAUAGAAGAAAAAUUAAAUUAACAAAAGGAUGAGGAACUUUAAAAUUUACAAAAAUAACCAAUAGAAUUAUAAAUUAAUAAAGGAGGAUAACUUGUAAAUGCAGAUGAGAUCUAGAAAAUAAUAUAUCCUUGGUAAGUAUUAUUUGAUGAUACAUGGAAAAAGAAUUAUUAUUAUAAUCCUGUAACAAAAGAAAGUGUUUGGGAGCUGCCAUUAGACAUAGUAUAGAAAUUGUCAGAUUAUAGAAGAUAAUUUGAGCAUAGAUUGUAUGAUUAUUAGGAGAGGAACUUUUUUAAGUUUUUGCCAAAAUAAUACGUAGCAAGAUAAAGAGAGUAGUUAUUUUAGAAAAGAUAGAAAGUGAUGUUAAGACCAGCUAGAAAGUAGGUUGAAGAAUCAUUGGCAACAAAAUUCGGAUAUAAACAAGGAGAUGAGGAAUACAAUACAUGGUUUGAUAGAUUUUUGAGUGAUGGAAACAAAUAUAAAGAGAAAGACCCAGCAUUGACUAGAAUGCACCCUGAUAUUGACAGUGGUUACACCAAAGCAGACUUAUAUGAGAAAUUUAGUACUUACUUUUGUAUUUUUUUUGCUCGUGGUUGUUGUGCUGAAGGUGUUAACUGUAGGUAUUAUCACAGAAUUCCAACAAUGGAUGAAUGCGAACAAAUAGAUAACAGUAAAGAUGUCUUUGGUAGAACUAGAUUUGCUAAUCACAGAGAGGAUAUGAAAGGUAUAGGUUGUUUCACCAGUGACACCAGAGCUAUAUAUAUUACUCAUUAUAAAAUGCCUAAGGCUGAUACUAGUACUCAAGCAUUAGCCUUAAUGUAUGAUACUUUAUGGAGACAUUUCAGCCCUUUGGGAGACAUCGAUGAUUUAAAUGUUAUACCUGCCAAGGGUGUCUCAUUUAUAAGAUAUAAGCAUAGAUGCUAAGCUGAAUUCGCUAAAGAAGCCAUGGAUUCACAAGCCUUGGAUUAACAAGAGUGUAUAAUGUGCAAAUGGGCUUACGAAGAUCCAAAUCCCAAGGCCAUGUCUAGAGAAUUCGAGGAGGAGAAACUUAAAUUAGUUAAUGCUGUUAAAGAUAAAGAGAAAAAAGAAUAGCAAAAUAAUUCACAGUUUAGAUAGAAAAUUGAGGGCUAAUAAAUUCGAGAAAGAUCCUAAGAUGAUAGGAAAGGCAAAAGAGGAGGAGACAGAGGAGGUAAAGGAGGUGAUAGAGGAAAUAGAGGAGGUGAUAGAGGAAAUAGAAGAGGUGGGCCUCGUGGUAGAGGAGAUAAUAGAGGAAGGGGUGGUAGUCGAUUAUUUGAUGAUGAUUGA